AUGGAUAUUGAUACUGCCUCAUCGGCUACAGACCAAUGGCUAUCCCAACUAGCCGCCAUGCGCCAGGCCAUUGCCGAUCUGAAACUCCCCAAAGACUUGCCCCGCGAUUCAACGGGCUAUGGAAGUGAUAUCGACCUGGAUCUUGACGAUGACUAUUCCUCCCCGGGAACUGUUGAUGACGUAUGGGAUGCCAUUAGCUCCGAUGAAGAAACAACUGACGAUCUCGACGAUUUAAACGACCUGAACGAUGUUUCCCACUCCUACCCUCCCCACUCGUCCUCCUACAAUCGGUCAUGGUUGGAAGGCAAAUGCCAGGAGUUGGCAGCUCGUAACUCGACCAUGGAUCCUACAGAGCUCUCCCAGCAGAUCGUGGCUACUUUAGCGGCAGACAGUGAUGAUGCGGAACUACAGAUGUCUCUGGCCGAGAUCGUUGGCUUCGACGACCUGGACCUGGUCAUUGAGCUUAUCGCCAACCGUGCAGAGAUCUUGUCGGACAAACCACACCGUGUGGAGUCACAAACAGAUGGACUAGCCAAGGGAAAGCUGCUCACACGGGCUGAGAGGGAGGAAGCUGUGUGGCAGCAGGAUUACGAUCAUAAGAACGCCCCUAUCAUGGCCGCUCAGACCCGCUCGGAGCCAAUAUAUCCGCACGUCUUCAAGUCAAGCACCUCCGGAAAUACACUCUCUGCGAACGGCAGGAAAUAUGGUCUCCCAGUCGGUAGCAAACAGCAUGAGGAGCCUAAGUACACCGAAUUUGAGAUUCCCGCUAGCAAGGUUGGAUCGUUGGCCAAAAACCAGAAGCUAAUCCAGAUAUCUGAUCUGGAUGGUCUUUGUCGCGGGACCUUCAAGGGUUACAAAACACUCAAUCGCAUGCAAAGUCUGCUCUACGAUGUCGCAUACAAGACCAGCGAGAACAUGCUUAUUUGCGCACCGACUGGUGCUGGUAAAACCGACGCAGCGAUGUUGACUAUCCUGAACGCCAUCGGAAAGAACACCGCCCCUAACCCGCUGGAAGAGCCGGAUGCUACCGAAUACACGGUGCAGGUCGACGACUUCAAGAUUGUCUAUGUGGCCCCUAUGAAAGCCCUCGCGGCAGAAAUCACAGAGAAGCUUGGGAAACGUCUCGCUUGGCUGGGAGUUCAUGUCCGUGAAUUGACUGGUGACAUGCAGCUAACUAAGCGCGAAAUUGUCGAUACUCAGAUCAUCGUCACCACGCCUGAGAAAUGGGAUGUAGUAACUCGCAAAAGCACAGGUGACACUGAGCUAGUUCAAAAGGUGCGGCUGCUCAUCAUCGACGAGGUCCACAUGCUGCACGAUGAGCGUGGUGCUGUCAUUGAAUCCUUGGUUGCAAGAACACAGCGUCAAGUGGAAAGCACCCAGUCCCUGAUUCGCAUUGUGGGUCUGUCCGCUACCCUGCCUAACUACGUCGAUGUCGCCGAUUUCUUAAAAGUCAACAAGAUGGCCGGCCUCUUCUUUUUCGAUGCAUCUUUUCGACCUGUCCCUCUCCAGCAGCAUUUCAUCGGUGUCAAGGGAAAGCCAGGCAGCAAGCAAUCCAGAGAGAAUAUCGAUGCUGUCUCUUAUGAAAAGGUUCGAGACAUGCUCGAACGUGGUCAUCAAGUAAUGGUAUUCGUGCACUCUCGCAAGGAUACUGUGAUGACCGCUCGCAUGCUGAAGCAGCUUGCGGCCGAAGAAGGCUGUGAAGACCUGUUCAGUUGCCAUGACCACGAGAAUUAUUCCAACGGAUUACGAGACAUGAAGCACGCCCGUGCACGCGAGCUGCGCGACCUUUUCGCUGGUGGAUUUGGAGCCCAUCAUGCUGGUAUGAGUCGAAGUGAUCGCAAUCUGAUGGAGCGCAUGUUCUCUGAGGGCUUGAUCAAGGUUCUCUGCUGUACUGCGACCCUUGCAUGGGGUGUUAACCUUCCGGCGGCUGCGGUCGUGAUCAAAGGAACCCAACUUUACAACGCCCAGGAGGGUAAAUUUGUCGACCUGAGCAUUCUUGACGUCCUGCAGAUUUUUGGUCGUGCGGGUCGUCCUCAGUUCCAGGAUACCGGUAUUGGCUUCAUCUGUACUACCCACGAUAAGCUCACCCAUUAUCUUUCGGCAGUCACAGCCCAGCAGCCCAUUGAGUCUCGUUUCUCAAGUCGACUUGUUGAUAACUUAAAUGCCGAAAUCUCACUCGGAACUGUCACCUCCGUCCCCGAAGCCGUGCAGUGGCUCGGAUAUUCCUACCUCUUUGUUCGCAUGAAGCGUGAACCUCGCAACUACGGCAUCGAGUUCGCAGAGCUUCGUGAUGAUCCCAUGCUCGUUCAGCGACGACGACAGUUAAUUAUCCAAGCUGCACAGACGUUGCAGAAGAGUCAAAUGAUCAUCUUCAACGAGAAGACCGAGGACCUGAAAGCGAAGGAUGUUGGUCGCAUCGCCAGCCAGUACUAUGUUCUUCAGAGCAGUGUAGAAAUCUUCAACACGAUGAUGCGUGCUCGCGCUGGCGAGGCAGAUGUUCUCAAGAUGAUCAGUAUGAGUGGUGAAUUCGACAAUAUCCAGUCCCGCGACUCGGAAUCAAAAGAACUGCAACGGCUUCGCGAUGAUGUAGCCCAGACCGAGGUCGAAGGUGGCAAUGACUCUCCACAUGCGAAGACAAAUCUGCUCCUCCAAGCUCACAUUUCUCGCGCCAAGCUGGAAGACUUUGCUCUGGUAUCUGAUAUGGGAUAUGUCUCUCAGAACUCUGCCCGUAUUUGCCGAGCCCUUUUCAUGAUCGCAUUGAACCGCCGAUGGGGCUACCAAUGCCAGGUUCUCCUUUCCCUGUGCAAGUCGAUCGAGAAGCAAAUCUGGCCCUUCGAUCACCCAUUCCGCCAAUUCGACCUUCCGCAGCCCAUCCUCCGUAACUUGGAGGAUCGCCUCCCAGCAUCAUCGAUAGAGUCGAUGAAGGAGAUGGAUACCGCCGAGAUUGGUCAGCUUGUACACAACCAAAAAAUGGGAAAGACCAUCGGAAAACUCCUGGAUAACUUCCCCACUCUCAGUGUGGAAACUGAGAUCGCCCCGCUGAACCGAGAUGUGCUUCGCAUCCGCCUUUCCAUCUAUCCCGAAUUUUCAUGGAAUGAUCGCCACCAUGGAACUUCCGAGUCGUUCUGGGUUUGGGUUGAAAACUCGGAGACUUCCGAGAUCUACCACCAUGAGUACUUCAUCCUGAGCCGCAAGAAGCUUUACGAUGAUCACGAAUUGAACUUCACUAUUCCACUAUCCGAUCCCCUGCCCAGUCAAAUCUAUGUUCGCCUCAUUUCCGAUCGCUGGCUCGGUGCAGAAACCGUCAGCCCGGUCUCGUUCCAGCAUCUCAUCCGGCCUGAUACGGAGAGUGUAUACACCGAUUUGUUGAAUCUUCAGCCUCUGCCGGUAUCUGCUCUUCGCAAUCCCAUUCUUGAGGAGCUGUACGCUCAACGGUUUCCCUUCUUCAACCCUAUGCAGACGCAGAUCUUCCACCUGCUCUACCACACCCCUGCCAAUGUUCUUCUGGGAUCGCCAACUGGUAGUGGAAAGACUGUGGCAGCCGAACUGGCAAUGUGGUGGGCAUUCCGCGAGAAGCCAGGGUCGAAGGUUGUUUACAUCGCACCAAUGAAAGCGCUUGUUCGUGAGCGUGUACAAGACUGGCGAAAACGUCUCACUGGUCCGAUGGGGCUGAAGCUGGUUGAGUUGACUGGUGAUAACACACCCGACACCCGCACUAUCCGCGAUGCAGACAUCAUUAUCACCACCCCUGAGAAAUGGGACGGUAUCUCCCGUAGCUGGCAGACUCGUGAUUAUGUCCGCAAGGUCAGUCUCGUUAUCAUUGACGAGAUUCAUCUGUUGGGUGGUGAUCGUGGCCCUAUUCUCGAAAUUAUUGUGUCCCGUAUGAACUAUAUCGCAUCACAAUCCAAGGGCUCCGUCCGUCUCAUGGGCAUGUCUACGGCUUGCGCCAAUGCCACUGAUCUCGCAAACUGGCUCGGCGUGAAGGAGGGUCUCUACAACUUCCGCCACUCUGUCCGUCCUGUUCCUCUUGAGAUUUUCAUCGACGGUUUUCCCGAGCAGCGUGGCUUCUGCCCACUCAUGCAGUCUAUGAAUCGCCCUACAUUCCUCGCGAUCAAGAACCACUCCCCCGAGAAGCCCGUCAUUGUCUUUGUUGCAUCCCGUCGGCAGACUCGUCUUACUGCGAAGGACUUGAUCAAUUACUGCGGUAUGGAGGACAACCCUCGUCGCUUUGUGCGGAUGUCCGAAGAUGACCUAGACCUGAACCUUGCACGCGUCAAGGAUGAUGCCCUAAGGGAAGCACUCAGUUUUGGUAUCGGCUUGCAUCAUGCCGGUCUAGUCGAGUCUGAUCGACAGCUGUCCGAAGAAUUGUUCGCCAAUAACAAGAUACAGAUUCUGGUGGCUACCAGUACUCUUGCGUGGGGUGUCAACUUACCCGCGCAUCUCGUUGUCGUCAAGGGAACCCAAUUCUUCGAUGCUAAAAUCGAAGGAUACCGUGACAUGGACCUGACCGAUGUCCUGCAAAUGCUUGGUCGUGCUGGUCGCCCUCAAUUCGAUAAUUCCGGUAUUGCACGCAUCUUCACCCAAGACUCCAAGAAGGCGUUCUACAAACAUUUCCUACACACUGGUUUCCCCGUCGAGUCGACACUACAUAAGGUCUUGGAUAACCACUUGGGCGCUGAAGUCUCUGCCGGCACGAUCGGAACUAAGCAGGAUGCUCUUGAUUACCUGACUUGGACAUUCUUCUUCCGCCGACUGCACAAGAAUCCAUCCUAUUAUGGUCUUGAGAUUUGUGCCGAGGAACAAAAUACCAUGGCCGCUCAGGCUGUUGCGCAAGACUUCAUGAUUGAACUCGUCGACAAGUCCCUCAAUGACCUCGCCGAAUCUUCUUGUGUCCUGGUCGACUCUGCGACCGGCGAAGUCAACUCCACGCCAUUCGGCAAGAUCAUGAGUUACUACUACCUCUCGCAUAAAACGGUCCGUUACUUGAUGUCCCACGCGAAGCGCGAUCCGACCUUCCAGGACGUUCUCAGCUGGAUGUGCUCUGCCACGGAAUUCGACGAACUCCCUGUCCGACACAAUGAGGAUCUCAUCAACGCUGAGCUAGCCCAGAACCUCCCCUUGUCCAUCGAAGCGAUGGGUGAUGUUCCAAUGUGGGACCCGCAUGUCAAAGCCUUCCUGCUGCUCCAGGCAUACAUGUCGCGAAUCGACCUGCCCAUCUCAGAUUAUGUGGGAGAUCAGACCUCCGUGUUGGACCAGGGCAUUCGUAUCAUUCAAGCAUCCAUCGAUGUCAUGGCCGAGCUCGGAUACAUUCCAGCUUGCCAGAUGCUGAUCACCCUGCUUCAAUGCAUCAAGUCUGCCCGCUGGCCCGAGGAUCACCCUCUAUCCAUCCUACCAGGCAUCGCUGUCGAGAAACCACCCCAAGGCCUUCCAUCUUCCUUGGUCGCACUCUCUUCGCAGCCUUCGUCCUCGGUCUUCGGCAUGGUUAAGAGACUUAACCUUCCUGCACAAUUCCCCAAAGCUACCUCGCAUCUGCCCCACAUUUCCAUUUCCGUUGCUGGCAUUUCUUCCAAGGGCAUGAGUGUCAAUCUGACCCGUCACAACGCCCCUACGCACUCCGAGUUCCGUAUUUACGCCCCUCGCUUCCCGAAGCCUCAAACCGAGGGUUACUUCUUAAUUGUGUGCAAUGCCCGCCCCGACGGAACCGAUGGCGAGCUUCUUGGUCUGAAGCGAGUCUCGUGGCCAUCCAAGCAAUAUCACGGCAAGGGCCGCGCAGGUGCAGGUCCCAGCCGAGGUGCUCAAGGGUCGAGCAAGGAUAAGAGCAAUGGGUCGAUCAGUGUGCGCUCGCUGGUCAAAUUUCCCGGCGCUGCCCUUGCCCAAUCGUCCUCCGUUACGACGGCAGGUAUGGCACGCGUGAAUGUGAAGCUAUUCAGCGAUUCCUACAUCGGCAUGCAGUGGUCAUUGUCGAAUGUGGAAGUUGAUGUGGAUGCCGGUACGACACAGGCAGUAGAAGCACCAAGUGCUCCUAGCAAAGCGUAA